UAUCAAUUAAUAUAUCAUAUAUGUGGAAUUAAGGAACCCCAAAAUAAAGAAAAAACAAUGCCAAGAGCCCUUUCACUACUGCUCUCCACUUCCAUCUUCAAUGUCCCCUCUUCUCUCUUUAUUCUCAUCUCCAUCUAUCACCAUGCCCGGCUCUCACAAGCUUAUAAUGUCUUCAUCUAUGGAGGUUGCUCCCAAGAGAAGUACCAACCCGGCCCGAACUCCCCCAUGGUAUCCAACCUCAACUCGUUCCUCGCGUCGGUGGUGAGCUCAUCCUCACAGGCUUUGUACAACAGCUUUGCCAUCGGGAAUGGGACCUCGAUCCCACCUGAAGCCGCCAUCUAUGGCUUAUACCAGUGCCGGGGCGACUUGAAAGUGCCUGACUGCACGGGAUGCAUCCGGAGCGCUGUUAACCAGAUCAGUUUAGUGUGUCCCUAUAGUUAUGGGGCGGCUCUGCAGCUCGAAGGCUGUUAUGUUAGGUACGAACACGUCAACUUUUUAGGACAGCUCGACACGAGUCUAAGGUAUAAGAGGUGCAGUAAGAGUUCAGAGAACGAUAUAGAGUUCUUUAGGAGGAGAGACGGUGUCCUGGCGGACCUAAAAGCAGCAAAUGGGUUCCGGGUCAGCAGCUCGGGUACGGUCGAGGGUUUUGUGCAGUGUUUGUGGGAUCUCAGCCCAGCGGACUGCUCGUCCUGCCUGUCGGAAGUGGUCGGGCAGCUGAAGACAAUGUGUGGAUUGGCUGCUGCCGGUGAUGUCUUCCUGGGUCAGUGUUAUGGCCGGUAUUGGGCAUCUGGUUACUAUGAUUUCUCUAAAGAUUCCUCCACCACCAGCAAUGAUCAAGUGGGAAAGGCAGUGGCCAUUAUCGUCGGCUCGGUCGCCGGUCUUGCUGUUUUAGUGGUCUCUCUCUCCAUCUGCCGUAAAGCCACUGGCUAAAGAGCGAGAGAGAUAUAUGUGCUUCCUUCCUCAAAUGCACAAAUAGGAUGAUGAUAUUCCAGGUAGACUCAUAGUCAAAAUGUCUACCAUAAACUGUUAUAUCUACUUCUUCUUAAAGGUGAUGUUCGAAUAGAAGACAUCACAACUCAAAACUUACGAGAUCUAAUUAAGCAUUUUGGUUUUGAUCGACU